CAAGCAGGAACAAAGGUAACACACACGCACAUACGCGCGCAUUCUGCAGGUAUGCUGUUGAGCAUAUUGAAGCUCAGCUCAUUUAACAGGCACCAUGACCCAGUCUACAGCUGAAAACUUUCUGAGAAAGAAUAGGACCACUAUUGUAAACGGUGUGACAAAAGAACAGUGUGACAGUUUGGUUGAUUUUCUUCUUGAAAAAGGCCUUUUUAUUGAUGAAUCUGGAAGUGAAAUUCGCACCCUGAAUACCGGUCAGAAGAAAAUGCGCACGCUUCUGGAAUCUGUAAAAACAAAGAAGGCAAAUGAACUGGUGUUGCAGUGGCUGAGGGAGAAGGUGCCUGAUCUGAUUGAUGAUUUGGAAAACAACAGCGAUUCAGACCAUGAUCCGCCUCCGAAAAAGAAGUCUAGAAGGCAUAGAAACAAUGUAGAUGAAGCAGACAGUUGCUUCAGUCAACCUGGCAAGUCUUUCAUUAUUUGAUAAAAAAAAAACUAUUGAAUGUUUUACCCUUAUCAAAACUUCUAGAGCUGCACAAUAGCUGUUACUCAACCCAUCCUGCACUUAAAAACAUAUGACCUUUUUUUGUUUUUCCCAUCAUAACCUUGACAGAUCUCAAGGAUUUAUCCUUUCCCCAGUUGGAAGAAUGGGUGUCCAAUUCUACAGUCAGCCAAAACCUAAUUAAGGAAUUGAAAAACAAACUUGCUGAUGGUGAAAUGGAGGCUUUGGAAAAACAGUUGAAGAAUAAGAAAGUAAAAACCCAUUUUUGUUUCUUUGCUAAGGAUGUAAGUAAAAUUCAGAGUAACCGAAAACUAAAGUCAUUUCUUGAUGCUAGUAAAGAUGCAAAAUUUCCGGAUCUUCCAAUAAAGUUAUUUUUUGCAAAGAAAGAUAGUUUACAAGAUAAAUCCUUGCCAGAAAAAGACAGCAAUGAGGAUGACUUUACAAACAGUACUGGUUUAAAUAGUAGUGGCUAUGAAUCAUUAUGCAGCCAAAAUAGCAGUCAGUCUAUUGUCAGCAAGGAUCCUUUGUUAGAAAGUAAAGACCAGACUUUUGACUGCUAGCUGCUAGUAAUACUCAGCACCAAAUCGAAUCAACUGCCCAAAUUCAUCAGGAAAACAAAGAUGGGAGCCCAUUAGAGAAAGAAAUGGAAGCACAGGUGAAUAUCUGUGAACAACACGCAUCUCCUCAGAAGUCAAACGCUUUUAAAGUAGCAGAAGAUCUUCAAGUUCUCCCCUUUUAUGAGCCUGAUCACGAGGAUGGCACACCAGAGCAGCAGCAGGAGAAUAUAACACAGAUGCAGUGUGACCCAGAAAACAGACAGAAAUGAACACGUUUUUAAUUCUGACCAAGUAAUGGAUGAAGUAUCCCAGGAAGAACAUGAAGAUUUAAAUUUUUCUAAUCAAAAGCUUCCUUCUACCCACUACCAAAAUGUAUCACAUGUUCAAAUGCAUCAUGAACACAAAGAGUAUAUACCAUUGGAGGAAGUUAUGGAAGAGCAGGGGACAGUAUGUGAGAAGAUGUGUGAGCCACUGAUCGACAAGUCACACAUAGCAGGUACAAUACCAGCCACCACUCAGAGUGUGGCCACAGAAGAUCGCAUACAAAGUGUGACUUCAGGAGCUUUUGAGGAGAAAUCUGAAUCUUAUUCCAUUACACUGCCUGAAACGACAGUUAUGUCCUUUCAAAAACAAAAUGUUCCUAAGAAAGCAGAAGUUUGCCACCUAGACCAAAAGUUGGACAUGCGGGAGAGUAAGAGUAUACCACAUGUGCAGUGUGACCCAGAAACAGCCAGAAAUGAACCCUUUGUAGAGCCUGACCGUGUGGGUAUUUCUGAAGAUAAAAAACAAGGCAUGGAUGAGGUAUCCCAGAAAGAACCAAAGCUUCCUGCUGACCACUUCCAAAAUGGAUCACCUGUCCAAAUUCAGAAUGACAACAAAGAUGGGAUCCCAUUAGAGGGAGCUAUGGAAGAACAGGCGAAUAUCUGUGAACCACACACAUCCCCUCAGAAGUCAAAUGUUUCUAAAGAAGCAGAAGAUCUACAAGCUUCCCCCUGUCAUGAGCCUGAUCACAAGACUGACACACCACUAGAGCAACCUUUGAACAUGCUGAGGAGUAUAACACAGAUGCCGUGUAUUCAAGAAACAGCCAUAAAUGAACCUAUUUCUGAUUCUGACCAAGUAAUGGAUGAAGUAUCCCAGAAUGAACAUGGAGGUUCUAAUUUUUCCAACCAAGAGCUUCCUCCUUACCACUACCAAAAUAUAUCACCUGUCCAAAUUCAGCAUGAUGACAAAGAGUAUAUACAGUUGGAGAAAGCUAUGGAAGUGCAGGGGACAGUAUGUGAGCUAAAUAUGCAGAGUGUUGCAGAAUUGUCUACUAAGAAGAUGCGUGAGCCACUGAUGGACAGGUCAAACACAGAGAGUACAAUACCAACCACCACUCAAAAUGUGGCCACAGAUGAUCGCAUACAAAGUGUCGCUCCAGGAGCUUCUGAGGAGGAAUGUGAAUCUCAUUCCAUUACACUGCUUGAAGCGACAGGUGUGCCAACUCAGAAGCCAAAUUUUCUUAAGCAAGCAGAAGCCCUUUGCCACCCAGACCAAAAGUUGGACCUGCUGGAGAGUAAGAGUAUACCACAUGUGCAGUGUAAGCCAGAAACAGCCAGAAAUGAACCCGUUGUAAAGUCUGACUGUACAGAAGACAGAAGAGAAGGUAUGGAUGAGGUAUCCCAGAGAGAACAAGAGCUCCCUGAUAACCACUUCCAAAAUGGAUCACCUGUCCAAAUUCAGAAUGAUGACAAAGGUAGAAUUCCAUUUGAGGAAGCUAUGGAAGCACAGGCGAAUAUCUGUGAACCACACACAUCUCCUCAGAAGUCAAACGUUUCUAAAGAAGCAGACGAUCUACAAGCUUCCCCCUGUCAUGAGCCUGAUCACAAGACUGACACACCACUAGAGCAACCUUUGAACAUGCUGAAGAGUAUAACACAGAUGCCGUGUAUUCAAGAAACAGCCAUAAAUGAACCUAUUUUUGAUUCUGACCAAGUAAUGGAUGAAGUAUCCCAGGAAGAACAUGGAGGUUCAAAUUGUUCUAAGCAAGAGCUUCCUCCUUACCACUACCAAAAUAUAUCACCUGCCCAAAUUCAGCAUGACAACAAAGAUGGGACCUCAUUAGCAGAAGGUUUAUUCAGUAUGCCAGUAAGUGAUUCAGGGAAAAUAACAGGAAAAGCCAAAAGACAACCGAGGAACACAAGUAAGCUUAGAAGUGAACAUCGCAGGCUGCUGUAUGAUUGGGCAUUGAAAAAAUGCAGCAGUAAAGAAGAAAUAGAGAAAGUGUUUGACUGCAUUUCGAUCCAAAACCAGGUAGAACACGGAGAGUACCCAUGUUUUGUUGCAGAAAAUAUUAUGAUCUAUACAGACCCAAAAAACGGAGACAAACAAAUCAUUGUUACUGAUGACAAAAAUAAGGAUGUCAAGAACAACCUCCCAAAAGAGAUUACAUUUAUCCCUGAAUAUCAGAUGUGGGUGUGUGGUAUUAAAAAGGCUGUGGUUAUAAGGAACCUGGAAGAAAGGGAAUUAAGAUUUAAAUCUUUUGAUUUAAUCCUGCAGAGCUGUAAAGAACUAGUUUUUGAAGCCUUAGCCCCUGCUCUAGCAGUGUUCAAACACAUCCAACGACAGGAGAGGCUAUACUCUCUCACUAAAGAUCACUAAUAGCUCCCACAAGCUCCCUACAAAACCUGUAGUGACAGAAGAUGAGUGUAGAUCUUUUAACUGUUUAUAAAGGGUUUUGUAAUCUAAAUUAAAACAGCCUAUAAUGGUAUUUCUUUUGGGAAAAUAACU